AUGAAAUUUCUACAGCUGCUCUCCAGAAAACCUGGGAAACUGCUUCUUCAAGUACCUUUUUGCCAAAAGCAAUUGCCAUAUUUGUGUCUGGCUACCUCCACUUGUCUUUACAGUAAGAAGAAAAAAGUAAACAGUUAUGAACAAAUUGACCAAGAAAAAUACAAGAACUUGGUGUACUCUGUUACAUCUUACAAAACCAGUGCCCAAACACCAGAGACAAUAUUUGAAGAAGACAAUUUGCUAUAUGGGCCACCAGAUAAACACAGACAUCCUGUGAAAGCUGAAACAGAAACUCCCAAGAACUGGGUUCCUUUAAUAAACCCCAACAAGAGAAUCCCCCUUCUCAGCAGUGAUUCAGCCUUCCCCAUGAAAAUCUCUUUACAAAAAACGAAAAUGCCCAGUGUUACCCGUAUUCUUCAACAGACUAUUUCUCCACAGCAAGCUUUUUAUCUAGAAAGAUGGAAGCAGAAAAUGAUACUGGAACUUGGAAAAGAUGGUUUUGCAGAGUAUACUAAAAAUCUUUUCCUCCAAGGAGAGCUCUUUCAUGCAGCCUUGGAAUCUAUAUUCCUGUCUGAAGAGACAGCAAGUAAGGAGCAGAGAGAUGUUGCUGCUGUUUCCGGCUACUUAUCAAGUGUGGAACAUGUCUUGAAAGAUGUCAGCGAGGUGAAAGUUCUGGAAAGUGCUGUUCAGCAUGAGAGUCUGCAGUACCUGGGCCUGGUAGACUGCGUGGCUAAGUAUCGGGGCCAAUUGUGUGUGAUUGACUGGAAAACUUCAGAGAAAUCAAAGCCAUUUCUGAAGAAUACUUUUGACAACCCAUUACAGGUUGCAGCAUAUAUUGGAGCCAUAAAUCAUGAUGCCAAUUAUGACUUCCAGGUUAGCUGUGGACUCAUUGUGAUUGCCUAUAAGAACGGCUCCCCCGCGCAUCCGCAUUUCAUGGAUCCUGAUCUGUGCUUGCACUACUGGAAGAAGUGGCUUUUGCGCCUUGAAGAGUACAAGGACAAAAACUGACACUGACUAAGCUAUGCAGAGGCAAGCGGUCUGAGCACGAAGCCAAAGCAAAAUU